AUGGCUAGGUCAGGUGCGGUGUGGGGAAUUGAUAUCGGGCAAUGCGCCAUCAAAGCGCUACGUUGCCGCAUGGGCGAUGAGCCCGGUCGACUGGUUGCCGAUGCCUUCGAUUACAUCGAAUACCCAAAGAUUCUCAGCCAACCCGAAGCCGACCCCGAGGCCUUGGUUGCAGAAGCACUAAGCCAGUUCUUAUCUCGUAAUGAUGUGCGUGGCGAUCGCGUGGCCAUCGCCGUGCCCGGCCAAAGCGGCUUGGCACGAUUCAUCAAGCUGCCACCGGUCGAAUCAAAAAAGAUUCCCGACAUCGUUAAGUACGAAGCCCGGCAGCAGAUUCCCUUCGCCAUCGAAGACGUGGUGUGGGACUACCAGCAGAUGGCCGGCGGCAGUGUCGAAGAAGGCUUCGCGCUGGAGACCGAAGUUGGUCUCUUCGCCAUGCGACACGAUCAGGUCACGCAAGCGAUGGCCCCGUUCACCAAAGCGGGCAUUGAAGUCGACCUGAUUCAGUUAACGCCGUUGGCUUUGUACAACUUCUGCGUCUUCGAUCUGUUCCCCAAUCUUCCACCGCCAGAAGAGUACGAUCCUGAGAAUCCUCCCGAGUCGGUCGUGCUGCUGUCGCUGGGCACCGACACCACCGAUCUCGUCGUGUCGAACGGUUACCGCGUGUGGCAGCGAAGCAUUCCCCUGGGCGGUAAUCACUUCACAAAGGCGCUCACCAAAGAACUGAAACUCACGUUCGCCAAAGCCGAGCAUCUGAAGCGCGACGCGGCCAAGGCCGAAAACCCCAAGGCCGUUUUCCAGGCCAUGCGACCGGUGUUCAAUGACCUGUUGACCGAAGUUCAGCGUUCGCUGGGUUACUUCACCAACAUCGAUCGUUCGGCCAAGAUCGGCCGCAUCGUGGGCCUGGGCAACGCGAUGAAACUGCCAGGCCUGCAACGCUACCUAUCGCAAAACCUCGGUCAGACGGUGGUGAAGCUCGAUAGCUUCCGGGCGCUCAGCGGUCCCGGCGUCGUCGAUUCGCCCGCGUUCAAGAACAACAUUCUCGGCUUCCCGGCCUGUUAUGGCUUGGCGGUUCAAAGCCUCACCAAGGGCUCAAUCCAAACGAACCUUCUGCCGCCGGAAAUUCGCCAAGACCGGAUGAUCCGCAGCAAGCAGCCCUGGGCGAUUGGCGCCGCUGCUGCGUUACUACUGGGCCUCACUUUGAGUUGCUUCGGCUACUACCGGGCUUGGAGAUCGGCCGACGUCGAAGACUUUAAUCUGGGUUCUGCCAAUACGGUAUUCACCACAUCUAAUGGCUUCCAGUCCGAUUACUCCGAUGCUCAGGCUGAAUUCGACAAGACGGCCAAACUGCUGGAAACCAUCGCCACGGCCGGUUCCGACCGUUACGAAUGGGCACAACUCUGGCAGUCGAUCACGGCCGCCCUGCCUUCCGACCCAGAGGGUGAACGCCCCGAGAAACUGGCCGAUCGUAAUGUGCUGUACAUCGAUCGCGUCGAUUCGGUUCGCGUAGACGGCAACUUAUCUAGUUGGUGGAGCGGAAAACCUGAAAACAGCGAACUCUCGAUCAAAGAACAUCACGCCUCACACAACAUUCCGACAGACGAAUCGGAAGAGGCCCCCGCAGCACCAGGCGACGCCGAAGGCGAAGAUGGCAAUGAGAAUCCCGACGACAUGGCUGCUCCUGGUCCCACGGGACCAAACCAAAUGGCCAAGAAGGAUCCUGGCCCUAAAGGCAAGGGCUGGGUCUUUCGACUCACCGGGUUCCAUUACCACAACGACAGAUCUAAUUUGCCCAACAGUGGUAAAGACUUCGUAAUCAAGACUCUCCUGGCCAAUCUCAGCAAAGAUUCAAUCGAGGUGGAUGGCAAGACCAUCCCCAUCCGUGAGUUUGGCAUCGGGUACCCCGUGGUCCUCGACCACGGCACCAUCAAAUGGCAAUUCGCGCUGAAGGGCGACAAGGAUGACCCAGAUGCCGAAAAACUGCCACGAUACGACUUCGAAGUUCAGUUUGUGUGGAUGGAUGAACGCCCUGGGGAUGAAACACAACCGGGAGCAGAUGCCGGCCAAGCUGCAUUCCAGCAGGCCAGUGGAGUGAUGGGCGUUAGCCCUCACCCCAACGAGCGAUUCACCGACGAGAUCAACGCCGAAAACGAGAAACUCAAGGCCGAGGCUCUCAAGGCUUGGCAACUUCAGUACGAACGGCAACAAGAACUCUUGGAAUGGCCUCGAGAGAAGCUCCAGAACGAUCUGGUAGAUGCCAUCGAGAACCUCGAGCCAAAGGAAGACAUCCCCGUCAACCUGCGGGCGCACUAUGACGCCACGGCCUACACCAUCCCCGAAAGCUGGAUCGAGAAAUACAACCUGAUGCAUGAGGUGAUCAGUGACUCGUCCGACGAUGAUGAGAAGAAAGAAGUCACCUACACCGGAGUCGUAGCUUGGCCUGGGCGAGCCGAACUUGAGAACCGCUACCGCUGGGGACGUACUCCGCGGACUGAUGAGAUCCUGCUCGCUCAAGAAGACCUUUGGAUCUAUGAGGCGUUACUCAAGAUUGUUAAUGAGACAAACAAUGGUGUAACCGAGCAUUACAACGCUCCUAUCCGGCAAAUCAUUUCCCUCGAAAUUGCCCAACAGGCGCUCGCUGCCGACGAAAUUGAAAUCCCCAAUGCAAGCAGUUCGUCUUCUCGAUCUUCAGGAAAAAAAGACUCCCCACCGACCAAGGGUGCUUCGGAAAAAGAACUUCUCAAUGGUCGCUAUGUCGAUGAAUCGACCGGCAAACCACUGUCUACGCCGAAGUCCGGGGCAGUCUACAAGCUGAUCCCCAUCCGAAUGCGUCUUCUGAUGGAUCAGAGUGAUAUCACACAGCUAUGUGUCGCCUGUGGGAACAGCCCUCUGAUGGUCGAGCCACGCCAGGUCUUGUUCGUUGACGAAGAAGCCCAGCAGGGCGGGGGCGGAGGCGGGAAUCAAGGUGAAAGCUCGGGAAGUCUUCCAGUGCAGCCAGGGCCCAACGCUUGCUACGUCGACUUGCGUGGGGUGGCCUAUCUGUUCAACCCACCAGACACGAAACUGCUGAAAACCACUGACGCCGAAGCACCCGUGGCCAAGGUGAAUCUCGAUACGGCAAAGCUCAAAGACUUUGCAAUCCAACACACCGAGAAGGUCGUGUUCGCCAUCUUCGGACUGGUUCUGCUGUACUUCGCCUACUCGGGCCUGAUGCACGAGACCUACGACAAAGUGCCGUCGGAUCUGGAACAAAAUGUCCGGAUGGCCAACAGCCAUAUCAGUGAAUCCAAUCCGCCAGAAAAUCCAGAAACAGGGCCCAUCAAAGUCCAACCCAUCGAGGAGAACCUGGAACCGCGCAAGCUCGAUGCUUUCUCCGUGCGGAAGAUCGUACGCCCGAACGUUCGCGACCUGGGUUCGAAACGUGGUAACCCCACGAUACUUCCGCCCCAAGACAUGGAAGUUUCCGCCGGGAUUGGGGCGGUGAAACUGAAAGACGCGCCAGAGCCUGCCGACCCCGAUGCGGAAGUGAUCGACACCCGCGGAGUGGUGUGGACCACCAUCACGGGCAUCGUUCCGCUGGCUCGCCAGGUCGACGAGUAUCAGGAAGCAUUCGCGGCGGCGAUCGAGACCACCAACAAUGACAAAGAGCCUCAGUACAUUUACCACCAGGUUCAGCGUCAGGGACUUGGGACCGACGGCAAACCUGGCCCUUGGGAAGACGUAAACACCAGCGCCACCAAAAACAAGAUCAAAGAGUGGGCAGGUGUGAACAAUCAAAACAACGAACUGGUAGAGAGCAAACAUGUGGAGCGUCAGAUAUGUCUCCCUCUCCCACCCGUGAUGGGACACAAAUUCGGCGAAGACGCCACCCAUUCCUCGCUAGUUCCAGAAGAUGCUGAGCAGGUGGAGGAAGAAGCAGAGGAAGCUGACCCGAUGGAGGAAGGUCCUGGCGACGUUCCACUCCCAGAUCGCCCUAGGGCUGGCAACAACAACAAGGAAAAGAAGCCCAAAAAAGACAACGAUGAAAAAGAGUUUCACGAUCUCAUGUUUCGCUUUUUCGACUUCACGGCCGAACCAGGGAAGACUUACCGCUACCGUGGUCGCGUGUGGGUGAACAACCCGAACUUCGAAGUCGAAGAUCGGCACCUGGCAGAGCAAGAGAUGGUGUUUGAAGGCAAGAGCGUCAAGACGAGGGACUUCAAAUACCUGAUUUCGAACUGGGGCAGUCCCACACCAGCCAUCAAGGUGCCAUUCUAUAGCCAAUUGGCCGCCGGCGAGUUCAUUCCAGGCGGUGCUCGCGAAGACGCGAUGAACAUGCCCAUUUCAGUUCGCGAGCCAGCAACAGGCUACGAGUUGCUGGACGUGGCCGAACUCCACCGUGGCCAAUACGCCAACUUUGAAGAUGCCGAGCCACUGGUGAUUAAGCCCGCUAGCGGAUUGGGACGAGGAAUGCGCGAGGAAGACACCCCACUGCGAACCAACCAUUUCGUGCUCGACAUCCUGCCGGCGGACAGCAACGGCGGCAACCAUGCCCUGGUGAUGGAUCCUGACAUGAAGCUGCGAGUGGUGCACGAUGCACCCGAAAUGGUCGAGCGGAUCGAGAACAUCGAGUCCACCGAACCUAGCAACUCCGGUGGCACCGAGGUCGAUUCGACCGACCCCUUCGGCGAUAUUCAGCUAAAUCGCCGCCGACGAUAG